AAUUAGAUUAAACGGAACGGACAUCGCCGCCGAUAGUUUGUCCUGAAAACACUCCCGUACAGUGAAAAAGGACCGCGUUUCAUUCAUGAAACAUGCCUGCGUUGUCAGGCAACAAAGAAGCGGUACCUGCAGCUCACAGCUUGUUGUUUUCAUGACACUUAGAGACCUUACAUUAGAGCUGAGGGAGAUCUGACGCCGCUAACUGACAGGAUUUAGUUGCGUUCAGACGGAGAAAACAUGGCUUCGGUGAACUGCUUCGCUGGACCUGAGGAGCUUGAGGACACAAAUCACGCUUUAAGCUUGAUGAGAGAGCUGAAAUUAUUCUACGACUCGCAGCUGUUAGUCGACGUGACUAUCGAAGUGGAGCUCGAUCCGGAUCAAAGUGUUUCCUCAGGCUGCUCAGGAAAAGUUUUCCAGUGCAACCGAAAUAUACUGGCGGCAGCGAGCCCUUAUUUCAAGAGCAUGUUUACAGGAGGACUGUAUGAGAGCACUCAGAGAAGCGUCACCAUUCAUGAGGUGGACGCCCAUUCAAUGGCUGUCAUAAUCGAUUACUGCUACACUGGCAAAGUGACAAUCACUGAAGGCAACGUGCAAAGGCUUUAUGCAGCUGCCAACAUGCUGCAGCUGGAGUAUAUCCGGCAAGCGUGUGCAAACUUCAUGACAAGAAGGCUGGACCUUUCUAACUGUGCAGGGAUUUUGAAGUUUGCCGACACUUUUGACAAUCUGGAGUUGAAGAGCAAGGCUCAGGCGUUCAUCGCGAAGAACUUCGUCCAGCUCGGUGCCAGUGUGCGAGAGCUUUGUGAGCUGGACUUGAAGCAGGUUAAAGAGAUCCUCACACUGGAUUCUCUGGACGUGGACUGCGAACACAAAGUGUGUUCGUUUGCAAUACAGUGGAUUGAGAAUAACCUGCAUGAGGUCGCUGAAGAUGCCCUGCAGGUCCUAAGAUGCGUGCGAUGGCCUUUAUUUUCAGAGAAAGACAGGGUUUAUCUAGAUAGCCUUAAAUCAAAACCUUUUAUAAUGAAAUAUCUUUCGAAUGUCCUAGACGGGGCCGGCGAUGAGCCGAGCGCUACGAUUUCAAAGAGCGUACAUGCUGCCAAACAAAGAAUCGGCAAGAGUGCAAAAGAAAUGGUGCUUUUCUUCGGACGGCCAAAUGAGCCUUUCAUGUGCUAUGAUCCCUAUACGGACGACAUCUAUUCUAUGGCGUCCCCGGUCAUGAACCUCACCAAUCAGAACUUCAAACGCUCUCCUAUGGAGACGUUUAUGGUCUGCACCACGCCAGAGAACAAUCUGUAUCUCGCCUCGCACCUGUCCAAGCACUUCUGGGUCUACAGUCCUCUGUUUAAUUGUUGGCAGGAGCUUGCGGAAAGACUUCUGGGAAGAGUGCACUCCUACAUGGGCUACCUCAAUGGGCAUCUGUACAUUGUGGGAGGCAGAGAUCCGGUAUCGGAUGCCAGGCUCAAGGAAGUAGAAUGCUACAGCAUUCAGAGGAACCAAUGGGGUUUUGUGGCCCCCUUACCGCAUUCUUUGGGAAAGAUGCAGGUUGUGACGAUAAACGAGCGGCUUUAUGUGGUGAACAAGAGGAGGAUGCUUAGCUACGAGCCGAAGAAAAACCUCUGGCUCCAGCGGGGCUCUCUGAAACGCAGUAAACUCCACAAGGCUUGUGUUUUUCAAGAGCAGAUUAUUUGUUUGUGCGAUAUCCCCGUAGUUAAAGCUUAUAACCCAGCUCGUGGAGAAUGGAGGCGGAUUGGAGACAUUCCCAUUGGCAGCAGCGCUGUCAACUACCAAGUGGUGCAACACAACAGCAAACUGCUGCUUCUAACUAUUGAAAUAGUCCAUCACAAUAAGAGCAGGCUUGUUAUACAUGAAUACGAUCCCACUCGAGACUCAUGGAAAAACGUGGCCACCAUGUUUGGAUCGUCCUUCGGGUCCAUAAGCCUCUCCACCCGGGUUUAUACAGCGUGCUUGGGGUCCGGUCAGAAUUUCAUCUCAGAAGAGGAUGAUGACAGCGGCUCCAGCGCUGACUGGGACUUCGAUGGAUUGACUGACGCAGACUCGGACUCCGGCAGCUCAAGCUCAUUUUCAGAUGAAAAUUGGUAGUCGAUGCAGUUAUAAAGUGUAUG